GGCAACUGGGAGGUGGCGGGGACGCCCGUCCUGCCCUACAAGCAGGGGCCCUGGUGCUCCCUCUGCACCGCCAGCCUCUCUGGCUGCUUCAAGUCCUGGGACCACGGCGGCGGGCUCUGCGAGGUGCCCAGGAACCCCUGUCGAAUGAGCUGCAGGAACAACGGGCGCCUCAACAUGAGCAGCUGCCAGUGUGCCUGUCCCCCCGGCUACACGGGCAGGUACUGCCAAGUGCAGUGCACGCUGCAGUGCAUGCAUACACAGGGCAGGUGCAGCGCAUGUAUGUGCAUGGACAAUGGCCCUGGCUCUGCCGGCACAGGGACCCACCUGCACCUGCCUGUGUCCCUAGCGAAGAUUCGGUUCCCUUUCCACGCCUGCGACGUUAGGAUAGACGGCGACUGCUUCAUGGUGUCCCCCGAGGCCGACACCUACUAUGGAGCCAAAAUAAAGUGCCAGGAGAAAGGGGCGAUGCUGGCCCAGAUCGGAAACCAGAAGGUCCAGGACAUCCUGGCUUUCUACCUCAGCCGCUUGGAGACUGGUAACAGGGUGACAGACACCGAUUUUGAGACUGGCAACUUCUGGAUUGGUCUCACCUACAAGAUGUCCAAGGCUUCCUUCCGCUGGGACGUGGGCGAGCCGUCCUCCUUCACCAGCUUUGCUUUUGGGCAGCCAGACAACCAGGGGUUCGGGAACUGCGUGGAGAUGCAAGCGUCAGCCGCCUUCAACUGGAACGACCAGCGCUGCAAGACCCGAAACCGGUACAUCUGCCAGUUUGCCCAGGAGCACAUCUCCCUGUGGCAGCGGGACCCCUGA